UUCUUUCCCACGGAAGAAAACCACAGAAGAACUCAGCAGCAGAGAGCCUACAGAACCUGAAUGUAGUGUACAACAAGACAGUUUGUCACCACAGAAAGAGGAGGUGCACACAAAUGAGGGACAAGACGACAACUCUAACUUACCUAAAGUCACAGGUGAUGUUAAUUCCAAAUUGAUGGACCAAACUGAAGUCAGUGACACAUACCUGUAUAAGUUGGCAGUGACAAAUACUGAUGGUUCUCCAAUCUCUCUGGAGGAGAGUGGAUCGUCUUUACAAACCCUGCAAUCAGAAAUCAACGUUCCUUCAGACCCCCAACUUCUGCAAAAAGACUCCAGCUUCCACUCCAUUGGACACCGAAGAAAAAUGGGGUCUAGCCGUAAAAGCAAAGGAAGACCUCAUGUCAAAGACUCUGGUGCUGAAUCAGACCAGGAACCUACAGUGGAUGUUGUUGGAAAUACCAGAGAUAAUGAAACCCAAGAAGGAACAGAAAUGGCUUUAGAAAUAAAGACUGAAGUGCAGGAAAAAUCUAUGGAGACGUUGCUUAAAGAAACGGACACAUUUGACCUGACUCAGACUGAAGGUGUUAGUGAAGAAGUUAAAGGAAAUGCACAAGAUGACACACUUGUUGGCAUCGCGGAUCUCAAUAGUUUGGGUUUACAGUCAAGUUUGACAACAGCUCAUCUGGAGAUUGACCAAUCAAAUGUCAGGGAUGACCCAGAUGAAGAACCUCCCAAUCUGUGUUCUGUAACAGAAAAAGAAAACGAGGAAGGAGCCGAGGACACAGAACCGUUCAGGCCAGAUGGAAGUUUACCAGACAAAUAUUUGCUGCGUGAAGAUAUGGAGUCUUCUUUCCCACCGGAGAAAACCACAGAAGAACUCAGCAGCAGAGAGCCUACAGAACCUGAAUGUAGUGUACAACAAGACAGUUUGUCACCACAGAAAGAGGAGGUGCACACAAAUGAGGGACAAGACGACAACUCUAACUUACCUAAAGUCACAGGUGAUGUUAAUUCCAAAUUGAUGGACCAAACUGAAGUCAGUGACACAUACCUGUAUAAGUUGGCAGUGACAAAUACUGAUGGUUCUCCAAUCUCUCUGGAGGAGAGUGGAUCGUCUUUACAAACCCUGCAAUCAGAAAUCAACGUUCCUUCAGACCCCCAACUUCUGCAAAAAGACUCCAGCUUCCACUCCAUUGGACACCGAAGAAAAAUGGGGUCUAGCCGUAAAAGCAAAGGAAGACCUCAUGUCAAAGACUCUGGUGCUGAAUCAGACCAGGAACCUACAGUGGAUGUUGUUGGAAAUACCAGAGAUAAUGAAACCCAAGAAGGAACAGAAAUGGCUUUAGAAAUAAAGACUGAAGUGCAGGAAAAAUCUAUGGAGACGUUGCUUAAAGAAACGGACACAUUUGACCUGACUCAGACUGAAGGUGUUAGUGAAGAAGUUAAAGGAAAUGCACAAGAUGACGCACUUGUUGGCAUCCCGGAUCUCAAUAGUUUGGGAUUACAGUCAAGUUUGACAACAGCUCAUCUGGAGAUUGACCAAUCAAAUGUCAGGGAUGACCCAGUAUACCUGUAUAAAUUGGCAGUGACAAAUACUGAUGGUUCUCCAAUCUCUGUGGAGGAGAGUGGAUUGUCUUUACAAACCCUGCAAUCAGAAAUCAACGUUCCUUCAGACCCCCAACAUCUGCAAAAAGCCUCCAGCUUCCACUCCAUUGGACACCGAAGAAAAAUGGGGUCUAGCCGUAGAAACAAAGUAAGACCUCAUGUCAAAGACUCUGGUGCUGAAUCAGACCAGGAACCUACAGUGGAUGUUGUUGGAAAUACCAGAGAUUAUGAAACCCAUGAAGAAACAGAAAUGGCUUUAAAAAAAGAUUUGGAAGUUCAAGAAAGGUCAAUGGAGACGUUCCUUAAAGAAACAGAUACAUUUGACAUGACUCAGACUGAAGGUGUAAGUGAUCAAGUUAAAGGAAAUGCACAAGAUGACAAUCGAGUUAGCAUUGACUUAACUAGUUCUAGUUCAGCAGUAGAUCGCCAGAUAGUUGAACAUUCAAAUUUCAGACAGACGUCCGACAAAGAACUUCCUAAAGUGUGUUGUGUGACCGAAAAAGACAACAGAGAGUCUUCUGUUGCACUGGAGAUAAGCACAGAAAGACGCCCUGAGGAACACAAUGAAACUGAAUGCACUGUUGAGCAAGCAGAAUUUUCACCUUUAGAAGACAAGUUGUCUAUAAACGAGGGACAAAAACAACCCGUCACAGGAACUUGGCAUUCACACAAAUCGAUAAAUCAGACAAAGAAAGAACAUGAAUCCCAAGAAACUAAUGUUUCAAAGGAGAUCCCUAAAGUUGAACUGUUUUCUGCUCCACCCACUUUGGACCCAUGUGACUUUGGCCUCAAGCAAGCCGAGACAACUGUAGAUGUGUCUGAGCAAAGUGGCACUUCCAGCCUGCAAGGGAUGCAAGAACCUAAUAAUUCAGAUGACAUUGUAAUUUUGCAUGGAAGAUCCACACAGAAGAGGAGAAAGAUGGGCUCCACUCGCCAGACACAGUUCAGUGGGAAACGUCGGGAGAAGAGAGCACAAACCCAAGAAAGUGACCCAGAAGCCGACACUGGGAAUCUUGACAGAAUGGAAAAAGUGGAGGAGUUAACAACGAUUUCAACUGCGGAGGUGUCGCAGAGUGAAAAUGCCAAACUGCCACCGAGUGUCGUCUAUAAAGAGCAGCAGGAAACCAAUGAAGCUCGCGCGGAGGAGAAAAAGCUAAUAGGCUUAUUCAAAGAUACUUCAAAGGCUCUCCCUCCCGAGCAAUCGGCCUCCCUCAGUGAAGAAGUUGUUGAUCCUGUUGAGUUUGUUGCAGCUGAUGCGAAGCACCAUAAGGGAAACGCAGCUGUCAGUGGGGAGCCGUCCCAUUAUACAUCACCCACUGAGGUGCUAAACACGACAAAUCCAAGGCUGUCAAGUAGUAAAGACACACCAAACUAUAGUAUGACAGGGGCGGCCUCUGUGACUGCGUGCGAGCCCACAAAGAGUACCCGAAAUGAUGAGGAAAGAGUAGAGAAUGUAGACAUAACGAAGGACAUUGCUUUGAUUUCAACAGAAGCUUGUGUUGUGGCAGAUUUGGAAACAGUGAAGUCCGGGACCGAACGAGGAGCUGCAGAAGAGCACAUCACUACUCAAGCAAUGGAGCUGGAGCCAGACAACGCGGAGGAAGCAGCUCCCAGUAGGGAUCCGGACAUGGAGAACGCGGGUCCAUGUUUGGAUCCAAAAAACAGGAGAAGAAAAAUGGGCUCCACUCGCAGGAAUCUCAGAACAGGAAGCAAACAAGAAGACUCGCAUCAAACGCAGGACGUGAGUGACAGAGUAACGGAGACUGUGACUAAUGUUGCAGAUGUAAGGAUUGAAAGUUCCUCAAGCAAAAAAGAUGAGCUACAAGUUGACGCAGCAGACAAAGACGGUGGCACUGAAACAACAGAGUCCAGCCACACUAGUGAGUCUCACAAACCUCCGCCCCACCGGACAUUUGAAGAAAAUCCUGUUUCUCAAGGCCGGAUGUUGGAAACAGAGCAUCAAGCUGCUCCCAGUUAUCUCUCAGCAGAACCAUCCACUCCUCCUAAAGAUGGUUUAAUAGCAGAAUCAGCAUUUGGUGGAAGAAGAAGGAAAAUGGGAUCUAACCGAAAGUCACACCAAAGCCAUGAAACCCAAACUGCAAGAGUAGACAAAAUGAAAGAUACACAAAAUGAGAGAGAUGUCAGAAGUAUCAGAGAAGAAAAUCCCAUCGAGACUGAAGAGCUGAGAGAAGAAAGUUCAAAGGUUGACCAAAGUCACAAGAAGCAAUUAGCCAACCUCAGCAGCUCAAAGGAAGGAGAUGACGCGACGCCUGUCAGUGAGAAGACGCCUGAACCAGUGACUGCAGCUCAACAGUAUGCCGGGUUCCAAAGUCAAAUGUUUUCUCUGGAAGAACGAUCAGAUCUGCGAUCAAAGGCUUACAACGUGAUGAUGGUUGGAGACAGCAGUGUGGGAAAAUCCUCAUUCAUGAAAAGAGCGCAAAGUGGAAAGUUUUCUUUAGAUUUACCCGCCUCCGUUGGACUGGAUUACUGUAUGUGGACCGUGCUCGUGGAAGGAAAACCUGUGGUGCUGCAGCUGUGGGAUACAGCGGGUCAAGAGAGGUUUCACAGCAUCACGAAACAGACCUUCCACAAGGCCCACGCAUUUCUCCUGAUGUACGACAUCACUUGCUCUCAGAGUUUUUUUGCAGUCAGCUACUGGGAAAGAUGUAUUCGGGAAGCGGCUGCAGAAGGUGUGACCAUUAUACUUGUUGGCAAUAAAAGUGAUGGUGCAGAGCGGCAGGUGAAAAGUCAAGAGGCGGAUAUUCUUGCUGCGGAAUACAAAUUUGAGUUCAUGGAGUGUAGCGCUGCCACAGGUGAAAAUGUGGUUCAGUGUUUGGAAACCGUGGCCAGGAUGUUGAGUCAAAAAGAUGAAACAAGAGAAGAUAACAUGGUCUUACGUAAAGAGCCUCAACAAAAGACAAAGUCAAGAUGUUGCUGAACAAGAUGGAAAGUGGAAGAAACCUGCACAGCGAACACACCGCACCGGCAUUCCAGAGAACGUGCAUGACAGCUAAAUCUGCUACUCUAACCACUCAGUUUAUUACCAGUUUUAUUUUUAAAUUCUCUCUCUCUCACAUAUAUAUAUAUAGACAUUCCUCAGAUAUUGAUUAUAUAAUGAGUUGAAUAAUAAUGUAAAUAUAAGUUCAAUAAACCAAAUUCAAUAUUCAAAUUAAAACUGCUGUAAACUCUCAAAUGCUGCAACAAGUGCUUUUUCGCCCCUUGUUUCCCCCCUAAUAAAUUCAGGGUCAGGGGGUACUCGAAUGAAAGAAAUAUUGCAAAUAAAUUAUUGGAAGUUCGGGAACCACAGAAUAAUAUUCAAAUGUAAGAGUAAGACAUUACUGCCACAAAAUAUACUGAAAAUUAAGCAUUUA